AUGUCGGUCAUCUACAAGAGGAGCGAGCGCGACCGCGAGUGGGACACCACGUCCACGCGCACUGGUGCCACUGGCUACACCACGGUGCGGCGCUACAAGGUGCCCGAUCACAGCCUCGAGGAAGACACGUACGAGACCGAGAUGCGCAUGGUCCACCGUGGGCGCGACGACUUCGACGACCGUCGCUCCGUCAAGGACUAUCAUAUCGAGCGCCAUGAAGCGCCUGCUCCCCAACGAGAAGUGAGACACUACCACUACGCCGAGCGUGAGCGCGAAGUUUCGCCCGUUCGUUCCGAGUAUCGCAUCCAGCGCGAAUACGAGCGCUCCCCCUCACCUGCGCGCACCGAGAUCCGCAUCUCCCGGGACUACGACCGCGAGCGCGAGAUCUUCCCACGGGAGCAGCCCUAUGAGUUGGAGAAGUACUCGAGGUCUACUGAGUAUUUCCGCCCCGAGCCGCUGCCCCAACCCCCACCACCCCAGCCCCAGUCCAUCUACAUCCGCAAUGAGGCCCCCCAGCCCCAGCAGAUGCCACCCAUGCAGAUGCAGAUGCAGCCUAUUAUUAUCCGCGAGGAAGCCCCUCAACCCAUCAUCAUCCGCGAGCGCGUCCAAGAGCCAUCCUACGAGCUUGUUGAACGUACUGAAGAAGACAGACAGGUUGCUCGUCCGCAGCGCCACGAGGAAGAUUACUACUACGAGCGCAGAGUGAAGGAGAUCGAUCGCGGCGGUCGCUACGAUGAGCGAUACGCCGACGAGCGUGAAUACGACCACCGAUGGGGAGAUAAGAACUACUACAGCGACGACGACAUCUAUAUCCACAAGGAAAAGGAUACCUGGGGCGGGAGCGAGACCCGCACCAAACGUGAUGUUGCUGCAGGUGCUCUUGCCGGAGUCGCUGCAGGACAAAUCAUCAGGCAUCACCGCAAGAGAAAGGGUGAAGCCGCUGGAGGCAACAUAGGAAAUGCCUUGGGCUACGGCACGCUCGGUGCUGUGAGUGCUGUGGCUCUCGAUAGAUUUAACAACCGUGACAGAUCCCGGUCUGUUUCUUCUGAUCGUGGCAGAGGCAGCCGCCGUGCCAAAUCUCGCCACCGCAGCAAGUCGAGGGUGAAGGAGCUGGGCACGCUUGCCGCACUCGCCGGUGUUGGAGCUCUCGCCUACGCUGCCGGACAGAGGAACAAGAACAAGGUGGUCAAAGAGGAGACGGUUACGGUCAUAGAAGAUCGGCACCGAAGCAGGUCACGUCAUGGAGGCAGAUCGCGUUCUAGGAAGAGCCGAAGAAGAUCCAGGUCCGCCUCAGUGGCUGAUGACAGGGGUAGGUCUCGUAGCACGAGCAAACACCUAGACCCUGAGCAUCGCAACAACAGAGCAGCGCAAGUUGGCCUUGCCUCUGCUGCUGUAGCCGGUCUUGCGGCACGCAGCCGUAGCAAGUCUCGAAAGCGCAAGGGCAAGCGCUCACCUAGCCGGAUCCGACAGGGUGUGCCAAUUGCUGCCGCUGGCGUUGCCGGCGCAGCUGUCACUGGACUUUAUGAGAAACGCAAGGCUAAGAAGGAGGCUAGGGCGGCAUCGCGGUCCAAGUCAAGGUCGCGCUCAAGGUCCAGGUCAGUCCUCUCCCGCCUCACCGGACGCAACCGCAGCAGACGUGGAAGUACAGUGAGUGAACCUGUUUUAGUAGAGUACGGCGAUGAUCCGGUGUACACCGAUCGUGCCAGUAGUCGCAGUCGAAGCCGGGACCGCAGCCGCGCGCACCGUAGACGGCGAGGAAGCUCUUCUUCCUCUGGUGGCCGACGAGGAAGCCGGAGCCGGAGCCGCAGCAAGAGUCGGUCACGAAAGGUCGCGGAGACGGCGGCGGUUGCCGGUGUAGCUGGUCUGGCUGCCCAUGAAGCAGCGAAGCGGCGCGACCGUAAGAAGGCCGAAAAGGAAGCCGAACGACGACCAGCACUUUCUGCUACUGAUGACUCGCCCUUUCCGUGCACUGGUGGUUCUAUCUACUUCACCGGCCAUACAGUCGAUGGCCUCCUCUUCCAGAACCCAGAUCUAUACCACGACCUCUAUGUUUUCAAGUGCGUCACGACGGUCGUCUUCACAGCAGAUAGCGGUGGCGAAGCAGCCAACAACACUCGGGUGCAGGAGUUGGAGCGCGGUCUCGAAGAUGCCUACAAGUUCAUGUCCGACGUGGCUUCUGUUAGGCCGGAUGGCACGCAGUCCACGUCUACUCCGAACGAGGAAGCGCCACGUAAGGUGCCACAAAAGAUCCUCAUACUGCACAAUGAGACUAACCAGUAUACAACAGUCACUAAUGAGACCACAGUCCAGAUCGGCAAACACACUAUUGUCUCUUCUUCUCUCCUCGGCCUAGCCAACGCACAGAUCCUCUACCUUCGUCUACCGGACAGUACAUACUUCGGAGAAGGCUACAAAGCAUACGGCGAAGAGUCACUCAAGAAGUUGUACAGCGCAGACAUAUCGGAGAUUACCACUACCGACGGCAAGGCCACGUACACGAUCGACGAUCUGAAGGACAUCAUCGCGACGAUUCUUCGCGAUCGCCGAGCUAACCAAAUUCGCGUGAUGAAUUACCAGUCGGAUCUUUCUACGGAUAAUGACGAUAAUCAGCUCGACCAUGCUGAUCGUAUCGUCUCUGCUAAGCUCGUGAUGGAUGUUGUGGAAGAGGAGGAGAUUGGUGGGAAUGUCACGGCAUAUGCAUGCGACUCGUUGCGUAUACUGUCAACCAACAACCUCGAAACGCCGGACUACAUUAAGAAGGUCGAUGCAUUCUUUGAGUAUGCUAAGCAUGAUCCCGACAUGUGCCAGAGCCUUGACGAGUGUGGUCAGCGGCGCCAGAAUAUCAAAGAUCCCUCCAAGGUCAAGUAUAACGAGGUAGAUCACGUCGCCAACUUCCUGAAGCGGGAGUACUACAUCCGGAUAGACACCGAUGUCUGA